AUGAGACUUGAAAUGAAGGAACAUACUACAGAGCAAAGCCUUUCUGUGGUAGAAACUCACAAGCCAACUUUCAUCAGUGAUGGUCCUUCUAAUUUCACUUGGAAAGAGAUCUGUGAUAAACCUGAGAAAAUCCACAUUGGAGAGAAAUCUUCUAAGCAUAAGCAAAGAGGAAAGACUUUCACAAAAAGUAGGGCUCUUACUAGACAAAAGAGUAUGCACACUGGCGAGAACCCUUAUGAAUGUAAUCAGUGUGGAAAGACUUUCAAAUAUAAGUACAAUCUUCCUGUACAUCAGAGAAUUCACACUGGAGAGAAACCUUAUGAAUGUAACCAGUGUGGAAAGACUUUUAGAUAUAAAAUACAUCUUACUGUACAUCAGAGAAUCCACACUGGAGAAAAACCUUAUGAAUGUAACCAAUGUGGAAAGGCUUUUACAAGUAGGACAGCUCUUACUAGACAUCAGAGAAUCCACACUGGGGUGAAACCUUAUAAAUGUAAGCAAUGUGGAAAGGCUUUUACAGAAAGGGGAGCUCUUACUAAACAUCAGAGUAUCCACACUGGGUUGAAACCUCAUAAAUGUAACCAAUGUGGAAAGGCCUUCACAAAAAGGGCGGCUCUCACUAAACAUAAGAUUAUGCACACUGGAGAGAAACCUUAUGAAUGUAAACAAUGUGGAAAAGCUUUUACAUGGAAGAGUAAGUUGAUUGGACAUCAGAGAAUUCAUACUGGAGAGAAACCUUAUGAAUGUAAUCAAUGUGGAAAAGCUUUUACAGAAAGGAGAGCUCUUACUCUACAUGAGAGGAUCCACACUGGAGAAAAACCUUAUAAAUGCAACCAAUGUGGAAAAGCUUUUACAGAAAGGAAAAGUCUUACUGUGCAUCAAAGAAUCCACACUGGAGAGAAACCUUAUGAGUGUAACCAGUGUCAAAAGGCUUUUAGAACAAGUGCAGGUCUUACUGUACAUCAAAGAAUCCACACUGGAGAGAAACCUUAUGAAUGUAACCAAUGUGGAAAGGCUUUUACAAAAAGGGAAUCUCUUACUGUACAUCAAAGAAUCCACACUGGAGAGAAACCUUAUAAAUGCAACCAAUGUGGAAAAGCAUUUAUACAUAGGGGACAUCUUACUAUACAUCAGAGAAUCCACACUGGAGAGAAACCUUAUAACUGCAACCAAUGUGGAAAAGCUUUUACACAAAGGGGAGCUCUUACUGUACAUCAGAGAAUCCACACUGGAGAGAAACCUUAUGAAUGUAACCAAUGUGGAAAGGCUUUUACACAAAAGGAAAGCCUUAUUAUACAUCAGAGAAUUCACACUGGAGAGAAACCUUAUAAAUGCAACCAGUGUGGAAAAGCUUUUACAGAAAGGGGAACUCUUACUGUACAUCACAGGAUCCACACUGGAGAAAAACGUUAUAAAAGUAACCAAUAUUGAAAAGAUUUUUUUAUAAAAAUCUUAUUUGUUUUUGCCAAAUCUGGGAUGAAAUUUCAUACUGUAAUAAAAUAAGGAAGAAAAUGAAUUAAGGAGAGAACAUUGGGAGAAAAUAUUGUGCUGCUGAUGCCUUCCAUACUUAGCCUUCUCUUGGUAUAAUUCUAUAGAGAGGGUAACGAAGGGAAAAUUAAAGAUACCUAUGGAUAGCAGACAGCUUCUUAGGCACAUUGGAGCCUUCCUUUUCAUCUGGUCACCUACUUGAAAGGCAUUCUGAUGGAUUGGAAAGAUCUCUGUAUUUGGAGUCAAAUGACAUGGGUUGAAAUUCUGGUUUUAUGCCUGUGGCCUUGGGAAAGUAAUGUAACUUUAACAGUGCAUUCAGGUUAGACUUCAGGUCUCUUCCAGCACUAAAUCAUAUUAAAAGACAAAAGGCAAUUUGAAGGUGAACCCUACUGUUCAAUGCCACUUAUUGCUGUGUUUUCAGCUUCAGUUUGGGUCAGUAAUUCAGGUGACUUCACUAAACCUUCAGGAUAUGAUUGGCAAGAUAUGAGGAAUUCUGGACCUAGAUCUUUUUUGAAUUAGGAAACUUGCACAUCCGUCCUAAAUGAACGACUCUUUCUGCACAGCUUGUGAAAUAGGUUGUUUGCCAUAUUUAUUUAGGCAGAAAAUAUGUUUCCUUGGAAAAGCUGGAGAUAGUGUUAGAGGGCUGUAGAAUUAAAGGCACAGCAAAACAAUGUAUGUAGCUAUCAGUUGAUCCAACUGUUCUGAAAAGCUAUUUGGUAUUAGGAUUUGUUGAAAGGUGAUCAAAUGCCCAUAAUCCUGCUGCAAGGCAUAAAGUCCAAGGAAGUAAGGGGGGGGAAAGAGGUUCUAGCUAUGCUAAAGUAUUCUUUGCAGUGACUUUUUAAAUUUUAUUUUUUUCUUUUGGUAGCCAAAAAACAUAUAUAAAUGUAAAGAAGAACAAAAAUAGUUGCUCUAUAGUUGUAGAAUGUCUAAACAAAUUGUGAUAACGAACAUAUUGAAGUAUUUUGCCAAAAGAGAAAGUGGAUAGAAAGAAUUCAGAGAUGCAUGGGGAUAUGUAAAUGAAUGGAGAGCAAGACCAUGAGAAACUAACUAUCUGUUGAUUUCUCAAAUACUCAGAAAGCCUGGUCAAUGAACUCUUCAAUUUGAAAUUCCAUCUGACAAUGUAGAUGAAUGUCUGUAUCCAUUCUGUAAUUCUCACCUAGAAUCACAUAAAUUUUCAGAGGAUCUAUCCAAUAUGAUGGAGUCCUUCCUUACUUUCUCUUAUCAUAUGAAGGGCACUUGUCCAGUGCUCUGCCUGUCCACCCAUCAGUGCUUUUUUUUGCUAUGUGAUCAGCUCAUCUUCACUUCUUCGUCUACAAUUCUUUCAUAUGAAGUUUGAGCAAUGUCAAUUAUCCCCAAUAGAGGACACCAAGACAUUUCAGAAAAUCCUUUGAUAAGUAUAUGACUUCCUUGACAAUAGGAGAAGCAACUGCUAAAGAUGAUACCAAGUAGACAAUAAAUUAGCUUGUAAAAUCUAUUAAUUUAUGAUCUAUUUGUGCUGACAAAGGGAAAACACAUCUCUGGGAUCCUCCAAUACUUUAGGCAGAAAUGAGGUUUGUAAAGAUUCCAACAUAUGGGGGCCAUCACCAUUAGGCUCAGAUGACUCUGAAGGAUGGAGGGAAGAUGAUGAUUUUGCCCAGAUCUGUCUCACUAAAAUCCAAGUCACUUGCAAAUCAAGACUUGACCCACUCAUGUCACUAGUGCCCUUUGAGAACAAAAGACCAACAAAACCAAUUUCAUGGAAGAUGCUCAUGAGUUCAAAAGUUCAGUAAUCCCAUCAAUCACUUUUACUGGAAGAGAAACCCUGAGCUGUUAGAAGUGCAGCAUUUUCAUAAAACACUCAAAUUCAAAAGGAAUUGUUCCCAUUACCCCCUAUAAAACAUUUCAUGUCAAGGAAUUUGUUAUCUUUUAUAUGUAUAGCUAUUCUGAUUCAGCUCUGGAACAUCCAUUGUUCUCUGUACUAGCCAAGAUAACUCCAUUCCUGCAAAUAUUGUCUAUAGAUAUUUUUGUACAGUUAGAGGAAAUUUGUUAUCUAUCAGUUAUUUCUGCGAGAACCAGGUGGAAGAUAUCAACAUUUUCACAAUGAAAAGAGGGACUAUUGCCCGCUCGCCUUUCAGACAUUCAACUAAUCAUGGUCAGAGUUUCAUAGUUUAAGGCUUUCUUUUAAACUCAGUUCUCCCAAACCUAAUUCCAAGAAAGGGGAAAGGGGACACUAUGGUCUAUUGUCCAGGACCAAACAGGAAUGGAAGAAAAUAAGUGUAUGUUUUUUUUACUCCUAGUGUGUAUUUCCCAUGUGCUUUCUUUAUAAUGCAUAAUACAAAGGAGUCUAACAGCUAGUAAAAAACAAAAAACAGAAGAGGCCAGAUAGUAGGAAAUAGUUGUGUCCUAAAAACUUAGAAAAGAGAGAAUCUUGGAAGAGAGUAAUAGGGUGAAAUGCUGGAGAACAGCCAAGAAAAAUGGGAAUUGAGGACACGAGCUCCUUAGAUUUAAAAAGAGAAGACCACCUGGGAAUGGGAAAGGAAGGUGGAAAGAUUGAAAAGGUACCAAAUGGAGGCCAGAUUUUGGAGGUGGGAAGGGGUUCCACUGAUGAAUAUUCUUAGAUGAAGUAAGGGACUUCACCCCGAGGCUUAGGGGUUUUGUGCCUAAAAAGUCAGAAUUGAGAUUUCUAGGAGAAUGUGGAAGAAAGGUAAAGGAACGAGAGAAGGUAAAUAUCAGGUGUCAAUGUUCCCAGCUAUGGAGCAAUCAGUAUUCUCCCUGACAGCUGCUGUGAUACACAGUAUUCUGAAAGGAAGGCACUAUGGGACAGGGGAAUUUGUGAGGUUGGCCUAGAGCCAAUGGCAGAAAGUAUCUAGAAGGCAGAACUCAAAAGGAAUACCUUGGAGGCUUCUGAUUGUGUGAAGUGUACAGAUGAAAGAGAAAGACCAGAGGAGUAGGGGGGGCUAUGACCCAGAGAAUGAGCAUGUAGGUAAAACAGAAAGGGAAGAUGUACAAUAACAACAAAAAGAGCAAUCUUCUUUGUACAAGGGAAGAAAAAUGGAUAAAAUUUAAAAACUAAUGAACAGCAUUCUAAAUGAAGGGCAAAAGAAGGGAAACUACAACAGAACUAAAAGGGAAAAGAACUAAAAAGGAAUUACUAAAAAGCUGGAUAAAAAAAUAUAUAAUGAGUUGAAAGCAGAAGAGAUGAUCAAAUGUCUAAAGAAAUUGGAGGUAAAAGACAUAGUCUUCUAAAUGGAGCAGUAGAGGAAUAUACAUAUUUCUUUGUCACAUGAAACUUUUAUAAAAAUUAACCACUGAGAUAAAGUCACUGCACACAGAUGUAAAAAGAUAGAAAUAAUUCAUACAUUCUUUCAUUCCUUAAUGAAAUGCAUAUGGAAAUUGGUUCCUGUUCAGGGAUCACCAACAAAUACAAAUCUAAAUGGAGAUUUAUCAGUGACACGUUAAAUAAUGACUGAGUCACAGAACAAAUCUCAGAAGUGCUACAUUUGCAAAAGAAAAUGCAGAUGAAUAAACAACAUCCCCAAAUUUCUGGGAUUCAGCUAAGGUAGUCCAAGGGGGUCACAUUAAACAUUUACAAAAAAGAGAUUAACUAAAUCUGCAUUCUAAAAAAAGUCAAAAAAGAAGUGAAUAAAUCAAAAGUAUAAAUGAGAAAAUACUAAAACUAGAAGGGAAAUAGAUAAAUAAUAAAAAAUUACAAUGAUAAAUGGCUUCUUUGAAAUAAUAAAGUUGAGAAAACUCUUACUUAACUUGAUAAAAAGAGCAUAAAAAACACUAAAUAAAAUAAUAAGAUUAGUUUUGUAGUUCUUUGUUUUCACUUUGAAAGGUGAGAAAGCUGUCUGAGGAGGAGACUUACAUAGUGGUAAAAGUUGCAUGUGCUUCUCUACAAGAAGUACUCUGAGACACCGCCCCCACCUCCCAAACAAAUUAAUGUGGCUGCUUGGCAAUCUAAAGGCCUAAAAGGUUACUCCUGUGAAAUCAGGGGCCAUCAGACAUGCAAUAAAAGAUUAGGGGGAAAUAGAUAAAAAAUUAAUUGGAAACUAAAUAAUCCUAAAGAAUGAAUGGGUGAGACAACAAAUCAUACACACAAUAACUUCAUAGAAAAGAAUAACAAUAAUGAAACAACAUAACCAAAACUUGUGGGAUACAGCCAAAGUGGUUAUUAGGGGAAAUUUUAUAUUCCUAGAUGUUUACUUGCAUAAAACAGAGAAAGAGAAGAACAAUGAAUUUGGCUUGCAACUAUGUAGCUCAGAAUGGGGAGGGGGUCACCAUUUAAUAAAAAGCUGGCGAGAUCUCCAGGAGCAAAGCAAAAGUUUAUUGUAGGUUCUCCCGAGAAUUGGGAGACCCACCCAUAGAGCAGGCAAUGGAAGGGAGGAGGCACUUUCUGGGAUAAGUUUUACACUUUAAAUAGUCCCUAAUGCAAACAUCCCUACUGUUAAAUAGUCCCUACUGACCAUCAUCCUCAUUGGCUGAGGGUCUUACAUUCUAAACUCGGGAACUACCCAAAAAAUUGAACUUGGCCAAUAAGUGCAUAAUUGCCCAUAUUUGAUUGAAGAAGGGAGAAAAUGAUGUCAUGGGAGGAUAGCAGGAAGGGGACUUAGGUGUGCCCUUGAGUCAAUGCUCAAGGACCUUCAGGCCUCUAUUCCAACCAAAGUAGAUGAAGCCUUACUCGAUUUUCACAACUAUCCUGAGAGAUCUCACCUCAUCUAGUUCACAAUUUAAAAAGCUAGAAAAAGAACAAAUUAAAAAUCCUCAAAUACCAAAUUUGAAAUUCUGAAAAUAAAAGAGGAGAUUAGUAACAAUGGGGGGCGGAGCUAAGAUGGCGGAGCAGGCACACAUGACUCUAAGCUCCUCUCAUUACCCUCAUAACCAACUAUUUAAUCCAGCCUCACAAAUAACUCUUCUCUGCUUAAAUUCAUGACGAUAAGAAGCACUACAACUUACCGAAGUCCAUCCGGAAGAUCACCAGGAAAGGUUUGUCCUGAGGGGCCAGGAACAGACUAGCACAGGCAGGAGAAGCUAGUGUCCUGAGCAGACCAGGGGCAGGGGUGAUCUCUGUGGCUAGAGAAGUUAUAGGGACCACUCUGCUAUAGGCUAACUGCUCUGCCUUGACUACAAAGCAGUAAAGUGGCAGAGAAAUUAAAGCCUAAAACAGAGGGGACUCUUAAAAAACGCCAGAACCUAAUGAGAUCUGGCUGUAACCCCUCAAACCCGGAAGUGACUCAGGCAGACUUUAACACAGCCCUGAGGCCACAUCCUGCAGUUGGGAGCUUUUGUGGGGGCAGUAACAAAUCUGCACAGCAGCGGGGCACAGCCUGGGCAGCCUCUAAUCCGCAGUGGGGAGGGCUCGGCCUGGGGCAAUAGAACCUCCCCAGCAGACUGUGCUUCCCGGGCAGACACUUCCGGUCCCUGCAAAUCCAUUCACUGCUCAGCUGCUAAUACCCACAACCCCAGGGCAGGGUUUGGCUUGGGGUAGUGAAACUCUCACUGCUAAGUGUCUAGCCCCAGGGCAGUCGUUAUCUCACACAAUGGGGGUUCUUUGCCCGUCACUUUCCCAGCCCGGCCCUGCAGGCCUGAGUUACUUUCGGGUGGGGAACUCUUUCCCAGAGCACUCCAGUACCUCGCUGCUUUUUGUAGCCAGUUGGCAGGACAGCUACCCGUCCAUAUACCUUUCACUGCUCUGCAGAGGAAGCUGGUAACCUCCUGGCUCUGAAGGCAAACCCUACAGGCUUUAAAAAAUGAGUAAAAAAAUCAAAAGAACGAUUGAUAGUUUCUACACAGAAAGAGAACAGCUUUUCAACCCUAAAGAGACUAAUAGCAGACAGUCUCCAGACAAUUGUUGAUCUCCAAUACAAAAGGCUCUCCUAGAAGAGACUAUUCAAAACCUUAAAAGAAAACUAGAAGAGAAAUGGGGAAAGGAAAAAGAAGCUAUGCAAGAGAGCACAGAAAAGGCACAUAACUCACUAAAAGAAAAAUCUGAUAAAGUGGAAAAAGAAAACAACUUCCUGAAAUGUGAAUUGGAAAAGGUAAAAAAACUCCCAAGAAGUGCAGGGAAAGAGAAUUUGCGAAUUGGAAAAAGAAAAUAACUCACUAAAAAAAAAAAAAAAAAAUAGUGAAAUGGAAAAAAUUUCCAUAGAGCAAAACAACUCAAUUGGACAUAUACAAAAAGAAGUAAAAAAAGCUAAGGAAGAAAAUAAGUCACUAAAAAUCAGAACUGAACAAAUAGAAAUGACUGAUUCAUUGAGACAUCAAGAAUCAGUCCAGCAAAACCAAAAAAAAUGAAAGAUUGGGAAAAAAUGUCAAAUAUUUACUUGGAAAAACAACAGACCUGGGAAAUAGAUCUAGGAGAGAUAACCUGAGGAUCAUCAAGCUACCAGAAAAUUAUGAUGAAAAAAAGAGCCUAGAUACUAUUUUACAGGAAAUCAUCAAAGAGAACUGCCCAGCAGUAAUAGAACCAGAAGGGAAAAUAGGCGUUGAAAGAAUUCAUCGAACACCUUCUGAGAUUAGUAACAAUGAAAGUCAGAAAAGUAUUGAAUUAAUAAGUAGAACUAAGACUUGGUUUUAUUUAAAAAAUCAACAAAAUAGAUAAACCUUUUGUUAAGUUGAUUAGAAAAAGGAAAGAAGAAAGUCAAAUUGCUAAGCUCAAAAAAGAAAAGGGAGAACUUUCCACUAAUGCAGAGGAAAUUAGAGCAAUAAUUAGGAGUUAUUGUGCCCAACUGACUGUCAAUAAAUUUGAUAAUCCAAGUGAAAAAGGAGAAAUCCCUACAAAAAUAUAAAUUGCCCAAGUUAACAAAAGAGGAAAUAAAUUAUUUAAAUAGUUCCAUUUUAGAAAAAGAAAUAGAACAAGUUAUUAAUCAACUUCCAAAGAAAAAAUCUCCAGGGCCAGAUGUAUUUGGAAUAUGAAUUCUACCAAACAUCUAAAGAACAAUUAAUUCCAAUACUUUAUACUUCCUAAAUUCGAGAAACUAGAUUCUUUGGGCUGAUGUUUGUUUGUUUGUUUGUUUGUUUGUUUAAGAAGAAUAUUCCAUCCACUAGAUAUAUCCCAAAGAAGAAUGGGUUAUAAGAAAAAGCGGCCAGAGCUGUUUUCAGAGACUUGGCAGUUAAAAUCCAUGUCUAGGUAGAGGUUCAAUGAAAUAACCUCUGAAAUUAGGUCCACAUUUGAGAGGCUUCCACACUGAAUUGAUCUUUCACCUGAUGCUACCUAGAAUUUGUAAGAGACAGUUUCAGGAGCAACAAAGGACCCCCUGGGGUUCCUAUCAUACAUCACAAUAUAGGAUUAUGGAAAGAUGAAAUGUGUUAUGUCUGAUCCUUACUUGGGCUCUUAGAAGGAAUUAAGGGAAAGUAAAGCUGGGAGUGGCUCAUUUAUGUCUUGCUGAUAUUAAGAAGAAUGGGAAGAGGGGAAGAUGAAUCUCAGUUGUCAAGUUUAUAGAAAGAAGAAAUCACAAAACAGAGAUGAAUGGAACUUUCUCACCCAUGAAAAGGAGGGGGAGGAGAAAUUAGAGGGAAGAUAAAUUAGGGGAGGUACUAGUCUUAAGUAAAACAAAUUCGAAGAUUGUACAAGACUAUCACUUCUUUUAAGGUAGCAAGAGGAAUAUAAGCAAUUAACCCAAAAUGGGGAAAUGGGUGAACCAAUAAGGUCUUGAAAUGUAAUGGAAUACUAUUACAUUCAGGUUCACAUAAAGGCCAAGAUUCCCAAGGAAUAAUGAUCACAACACAUGCUGCCUGCUACUUGAAGACUCUCCCAAGCAAAACAAGACAAGCAAAAAGGAUGUGGUUUGGUAAUUUCC